CUCUUCUCUCCUCUCUUUUCGCCCUACUUCCCUUCGGCUCCAAACAGAUCGCGGUUCACUAGACAGUGUCGGAACAAAGAGCUCUUACAGCAACCAUGGCAGUCCUACCCAUCGUUGCCGGAACUCUGGCAUUGAUUGUGCUCGUGGCAGGGUUGCUCAAUUACUUUGGCAACAGGGUUGAGCAUGCCUGGUAUGUGAGUCUCAUCGCCUACAUCAGCUGGUUCUUCCCCUUCUCCAUCGUUGUCCUCGUUCCUGUGGACCUUUCCUCCACCUUGGCGCGGGAAUGCGAGGGCGAGGACAUGUGCAAGGAGCCCUUCAUGUACGUCUCGAGCGAGUUCCUUAUAGCAGCAUGGAGGACCAUUUACUGGUGCAGUUUUGCGCUGACAUGGGUGAUGAUUCCAUUGCUGCAAGCAUACACGCAGUCAGGAGAAUUCACGGUCAUAAAGCGUAUUCGUCAUGCAGUUCGAUACAAUAUCAUCUACCAGCUCAUUAUCGGAUCUGUGGCGCUUUUGGGCUUGGUCUAUGUUUGGUACUCGCAAGGAAGCAGCAAUCUACGUGCGUACGUGAUGGCAUUGAGCAACAGCUGGGGCCUGGUUCUAGUCGUCAUAUUCAUGGGAUAUGGUAUGGUGGACGUACCCAGGAGGCUGUGGCAUAAAGGAGACAACGCGCGCGAGCUCCGGAGAAUUGGCUUCAAGGCGAGUGUGGUCAAGGACAAGAAGCAGGACACAGAAGACGAGGUCCUCAAUGUGGCCAAGGAACUGUCGGUAGUCUGUCAUAAGGUUCAACUUUCAGAUCCCCUUCGACCAUAUAUUGAUCGGAUGGUUGAGGACUUUCCGGCGGUACGAGGUGUUCAAUUCGAGUCGAAUAGGACUACCUCGCCUAUCUCCUCUUCACAAGGGCAAAGAUCGGAUCCUGUGAGUACUGCGAGCGGAGCGACACUGAGCGUCCCAAGGGUUUCAGGAGGAGCAGGCGGACGGAAAUACUCUCUGGAAUCGCUUGUACCAGCGGUUAUCACAGAAAAAUACCUGGCAGAUUUGAACGCCAGGAUCAAAAGAGCACUGCGGAUGAAGGAUCGUUGGACAGCAAUCUGGCACGACCUGUUGAAAGCUGGAUUCUUGGCCCAGGAUAUUCAGGAGAAUGCAGAUAAUCCUGAAAAGAAGUUCCGAUCUAGUUUGAGGCCUAUGACAUCGAAACCAAAGGAAUGGCAGUUGUCGUUUGAGUGGAUCUGGCACUUGAAGUUACGUCCGAUUCUUUUGCGGUCGCUCUCUGUCAUCUGUGCCACUCUGUCAUUGCUGAUCGUGUGGUCCGAGAUGACAUACCAAAAUGUUAAUCCUAUCCUGAGUGUCAUCGGGCUUUUGGUACAAAUGGCGCGAGAUCGCAUGUCCUAUGGAGCCAUUGAGGCAAUCGGUUUUUUCACCAUGCUGUACAUGUGCACAUGUGCCUACACGACGCUUAUGAAGAUGAAGCUUCUGAACAACUAUGUUCUUGUGCCCAACCACCACACGGAUGAGCCAACUCUGCUUUUCAUCGGAUCUUACCUUUGCCGUCUAACGUUUCCUUUGGUAUACAACUAUCUCACAAUCUCAGCAAUUGGAAAGGAGGACAGCACAGAAUUCUCAGCUUACAUGGGAAAGAUCGACAUGGUUCCGUUUCUGGGCGAGUUCAACUACUAUAUGCCCUAUGUGAUUCUCGUUCCUACUUUGAUCACACUCUUCAACGUAUUUGCCAAGAUGUUUGCCAUUUGCAGUAUCUCGGACAACUUUUUCGACAAUGACGAUGAAGAAGGCGGCAUUGGCGGAGACCUCGAAGAAGGCCUCCAAGUUCUCAAGGAUGCUCGAAGAGACGAGGAAAGACUGCUGUUGCCGGAUCGAGCUGGAUUGAACAGAGAUUUCGCCGCUAGACGUGGGGCAGCAUUCGAGUCGUACAACAGUAACAAAAAUCGAAGGAGAGGCGAUAACACGGCUCACAGUAUGCUUGGCGAAGGAUCCAGUGCCAGCGUGUGGCGGGAUGUCAGACCCUAUCCGAGCGGAGUAAAUCAGCGGCCUAUCCAGGAACCGUAUUUUGACGACUUCUCAGAUGAUGAAGACUCUGGUAAUACGCAGACUAGGUUCGGCCACAGGGAGUCGUUUGAUCCGUUCGGGGGAAAUGGUGGAAGCGUAGGGGCUGGUGCCAAUGUUGGAGGAAGCAUGGGCAUCGGACCUGGUUCUCUGGAUUCGUCCAAUCGGCAGGGCACGACCUCGAAUCGCAGUUCACACAGGAACCUGGCCAAGCUCGAUACCCAGCCCACACAUAGCCCUUUUACGGCCUUGUGGCGGAAAUUCGUCCGACCCAAGCAGGCCAUUUUUUUGGACAAUGCAGCAAGUUCUGAUCUCGUAGACAGCGAUGGAGCCCGGUCGAGCAUCGAGAGCGCGGGGCAGAAUGAUCAUCAACGUCAACAGCACUAUACGGGACGUCAAACUAUCCGGCCAGAUCGUAAUUCGUCGGCUGCAACACGGACAGGUCCAGCAUUGAUGUUUGCCUCAGUGCAGCAGCAACCUUCGGGCUAUAGUCCGUCGGUGCGCGAUGACGAUCGGGAACGAUUGCUUUCCGUGGGUGAUUCUAGAUCACCCAGCAGCAAUCAGAGUGCAUACUCUUCGAGAAACCAGAGCCCCCAGGGUCAAGGGGUACAGCAGGCAUCGGUGGCGGGUGUUGCUGGUCAGUCUGGAAGGAACAGUCGGCCGAACAGUCGAGUGUUUGGGUCGCCAAGUCCGACGGAUGGUGGCAGCGGCAGAUCAGGGAAUAGCAACACAAGGGUGUUUAAUUCGUCUUCAAGGAAUACGGGACCUGAUCGUCGGCAGGCUAGUCCUUUGGUGAACAUCUUUGAUGAGGACGACUGAAAUAAAACCGGAGGAGUUGAUCGACAAACGAAGCUUUGCAUGUUCCCCGACUACCUAUAGGGCAGUCGUCAAUAUAUGUCAUG